AUCGGAGCGCUUAAUUUGAGUCCACAAUUAAAGUGAGAAUUUUCCUGAAGAAGAAGAAGAACUUUUCCUUUUUCUCUUUGCUUUUUUUUUCCCUCUUUUUUUGUGUGUCAAUGAAAUGGGAGAAAUGGAGAUCGAAGAAAUCGAAGCUGUUCUUGAGAAAAUCUGGGAUCUACAUGACAAGCUUAGCGAUGAGAUUCACUUGAUUUCGAAGUCUCACUUUCUCAAAUCGGUGAAACCUUCUAAUAGAUCGGAGAAGAGGAAGAAUCCUCACGGAAAUUCCGGCGAAGAUAAGCGACCAGGUUAUGUUUUCAUCAAAGGAUUCGCCGUCGAUGAUAACGACUCCACGAUUCAAGAGGCGAAGAGUCUCAACGCAAUUCGAACCGCUCUUGAGAACCUUGAAGACCAGCUUGAGUUUUUCCAUACUAUACAUACACAGCAACGAACAGAGAGAGAUCUUGCAAUUGCUCGGCUUGAACAGAGCAGGAUAUUACUAGCAAUGAGAUUGGCUGAACACCACGGCAAGAAUUAUGGAGUCUUAGAGGAAGCUCUUGCAUUUGUUGGGAGCAUUAAAACCACCUCGCAUUACGUUUCACCUGAUCACCUCUACGAUUCCUCUCCAAACCCAGACGGAGCAAACUCUACUCCUGGUGGAAUAAAGUCAAACUUUGUGAUCAACGCCUUUGCCUCAACUUUCGGGUUUGCAAAAAGAGCACUUGGAUUCAACCAUGUGAAAGGUGUACUUGGAAACGCUGCUAUAUUUGCCAUUAGCAUGGUCGCUAUGCUACAUCUUCACCAAGUGGCUACUAGUGAACAUCAUCUACAGAAGAAAGAAGACAGAUUCUACAGAAGCCAACAGAGGAAAACAUACGGAAGAGAUAAGUCUUCAGGUGACAGAAGUUUGGACCACUUGGAUGUGAUGAUGGCUCGUGGUUAAGACCAGGGAUCAAACUUGUCUACACGUGUUGAUACUCGGAUGCAUUUUGAUAAAAGACAUAACGAGAAAAACUAAGAAGAGAAGAGAUAAUUGUUUGCUCUCUCAUACGAUCUUCUAGGUUUCGAUAUUAUCAGUAAAGGGAUAAGAAUUUGGAGGCAAAGUGUUGGAAUUUUCUGAGCUCAUCUGAUGCAAAUAUUGUUCUUUUCUUCUCGUUUUGAUUUUCAAUCACUGUGGUUAUAAAGUUUUGUUUGUUUU